AUGCACCUCGCAGCUCAGCGCAAGGUGGAGGACUUCUUCCGGCGGACGGGCGAGGACGACAUCGACGAGCGCGAGGUGCACCGCUUGACCACUCGGAAGACUCGGGCGCGCACGACCGUGAUGGAGUGUAGGGAUGAUGCCAAGGCGGCCAAGAUCAUCGACCUCAAGAAUCUGCGGAAUGGCGGCAAGCGGCCUGGCUGGCACCUGGAGAAUGAUGCUUCGACAACGCGCCAACAAGAGGAAGAGGCUUCAAGACAGGGUACUAUGGGGAUGACGAGUAGAACGACAAGUACAGGCACGACAGCGACGCGGUCGAUCCCGUCCGAGCCGCACAACUACGUGCUGAGUCCGGAGGCAGUUGGCAACCAGGCACAACUGGAAGAAAAGGCAAGGGCGCGUGCACCGAAGGCUAAAGCUUCUACUGGAAGGCGCGCGGACAACCUGUCACUGACGCCGACACUCGCGAGGCUCUCGGCGAACGAGUCCCCCAGUCUCUCUGCGUCGCCGUUCGUGUUUUCUCACGCGUAUGGAGCUGCUGGCAGGUCGCCAGGGAAGUCUCCGGUGGGCUAUGGAGCUGCCAGCGGCUUCCUCUGGAAGACGGGAAGCGGAUUUAAAGGUAUGGAGCGGUCGGUCGCUGAGGAUUCGCUGGAUGCUUCCCACGUGACGUUCUCCCAGCGACCGACACUAACUGAGCGCGUUCAGAGUUUGUCGGCUUCGUUGGCCAGCACGCUGCGCCGCUUCUUACCGAAUAGGAAUGCCCGGCAGUACAGUGGAGAGAUCACCUCGCCUCAGUCGCAGUGUACAGCACCCGCAGUGCUGCCGCGCGCGUAUGACAACGACGGGUUCUACGAGACGCCGUUCAAGGUGCCAGGCCUGAAUAAACCGUUGCUGCGGCGACGGAAGAAGACGGUGGUGGUGGAGAGCAAUGGCGCCUGGGCUCGCCAGUGGCUGAUUCUAGCGGUCUGUGCGGUGUUGGGGCUGACGCUGGGCGCGAUCCUCGUGAGCGUCGUGGCGUUCGACUCGAGCGUCUUCAACUUGUCCGCUGACGAUGUACGCGGACUCCGAGACAGCAACGGGGAGCUGGUGCUCGCUGCUGCGGUGCGCUGGAUGUUAUUACCUGGACAGUUAUUCGUGCGCGUGUGGAGCGCGGUGACCACUCCGUUGUUGAUGUGCUACAUGGUCACGGCCAUGGCGGAUCUCGUGGGCUGCGCCGAUAAAACGACGCUGGUGCUGAGCUUCCGCUCGAUUGGGUAUGCACUGCUGCUGGCGGUGAUGGCUGCUGCUGAAGGAGUCGUGGCCAUGUGGAUGACACACAAGUUCGGGUGGUUCCGAGGCAGCAGCAGCACUGCCAUCCCUGAGGCGUUGACGCUUUCUGCCGCUCUUGGUGUGACUCCACUGCCUCGAGGAGCCGUCGGACUGCUAUGUGUCAAUGAUGGCGAGUAUCUGCAGCGCGCUGGCGGUGGCGUGUUCACGUGUUCGAACUCUUCGUUGACGUUGCCAUUGUACGGAGAGGUCAGCACCAACUCCACGGGCGUCGCCGGCAGUGGUCCAGCCGUGUUCGCGCUGCAAGAAGUGUCCGACGUGUUUGCCACUUCGCAGUCAGCACCAUACUACCCGGCAUCAAUGGGUUCAGGGGGCAACAUGACCACGUCACUGUUGUCGGCGCUGACGCCCGACAACUUGGCGUCACACUUCACGUAUGUAGCGGAUGAUGAGAUGGCGUCCAUGUGUGGACUGGUCGUGUUCUCCAUGCUACUGGGCUACGUCUGUGGGAAGCGGAUCCUGCGACUGCGACGCGAUGGUCAAGCCGCGAUGUUCGAGUCGGCGAGAAGAGCAGAGGAUCCACACCAGGCUCGUCACUACAUCAUGAGCAUUGCGAUGGAGCUGCAGUUCGCGUUGGAAGGACUGGUGCGCGUCAUGGAACGGUACUUGGCCCCACUUGGCUUCUUCUCGCUGAUGUUAGGGAAUGUUGUGCUGCAUCAUCGCGAGUGGCGCGCGCUCACGUCCCCCAUGACGUCGCUGAUUAUCGGCGCGCUGAUUGUGCUCGUCCUGCAUGGCGUGCUCGUCCUCCCCGUGGUGCUUCGACUAUUCUCCAGCCGCCAAGUUCCUGCACUAACGACGGCGAGGGCGUUCGUACCAACCUUCCUGUUCGCGUUUACGACGAACAACUUGCCGCUGUCUGCGCCGGUCUCGAUGCAAUGCUACGCGCGCGUGCUGACGGUGACUCGCUCCGCUGCGCAGUUGGUCACAACUGCGGCUGCGACGCUCACACAGAACGCGCGUGCAUUGUACCUGCCGAUGCUGCUCCUGUGGCUGCUGGAGACAUCGACGCCUCUGGAGAUUCACUUGACUGGGUCAGACUAUUUCUCGGUGGGGCUGAUGGCACUGCUCAGCAGCUUCUUUGGCGGCAGCACUCGCGUGACGCUGGCGAUGGGACGUACGCUGUGGGCUCUCGCUGUGAGUAAGCAGAUGCCUAGCGCUGCGGGCUUGCUGCCUCCGACGAUGCCGUUGCUAGUCAUCUGUGACGUGGUGCUCUCGAGAGCGGCCAGCAUGGUGACUGUGGCCGACCACCUCGUGCUCACGCACCUGGCAGCGCAGCAUUGGGCGGAAACCGUGGUGGAUGGGCCCAGUACUAGCAGCAGCGACGCAAUCGGCAGCAGUGAUGGCAGAUACCACGAGGAGUUCAUCCCCCCAAGCCCGAGCGCGUUAGACGACAGCCAAGCGCCUCGCCCUUCGUCCAGUGCCAUGCUGUCCUCUGUUCAUCUGUAG